AUGUCGACUUACAUCUUUCCGGUCCGAAAUGGCACACCAAAAGCAGGCCAGACAGAUCCCAAAAAGGAGAUCAAUACGUGCUGGUCCGUGGACGUGUUCCGCACAGUCGAGCGCUUCAUCGACGCGCUCAGGGACUAUGUCGGCCCCCAGGAACCAUGCCCGCCAGCGGCGGGCUCACCAGCAAACCCAGCCGGUAACCCACCACCACCACCACCGCCCCUAGCCGCGUAUAUCGACACCCCAACCGGUCUGCUCAUCCUCAGCUGCUACGCGCGGCUGAUCCAGAUCUUCGGCGUCGCCGUCUUCGUCGUCGAGACCUUCGCCGAGAUGGCCUGCCCAAGCAGCUACGUGCAGCUGCGCCUGGGCGGCUUCGCGCCGCAUCCGACCGCGCCGUCGCAAAGGUCAGGGCCGGCGAGGAGGUCGCGCCGGGGGGACGGGUAA